AUGUUCACUUGUCCUGAAGAAGACAAGGAAUCAUCGGCGGUGGUGGUUGAUCGGAUCUCCGGUCUUGAGAUUCUGGAUCGGAGACAAGGUUUUCGUUGUCCCCACCGUAAAAGCACAUCUCCGCUAGGGUUAGGAUCUUGUUCUUCUUGUUGUUGGUUGGAUUUAAAUCGGAAUCCUUUGGGAACUCCGUCGCUGGUUGUGGUGGUUGUGGUGUAUGAUCCGCCGUUAAAUCCUCUUCCGGCGAUUGAGGUUUCUUCGUUCUGA